AGAGGGGUUGGCCGCGCAGUCUGGGCUGGGCUGAGUGUCCGCGAUGGGCGGUGCUGAGGGGCGGGCCGAGCCAGGCGGCGGGGGCUGGACCCUUGGCCUCCAUCCCGGGAGGGCGGUGCCGGGCGCGAACAGGUCGGUCCCUCCCAGGCGGGAGCAGAACAGGCGGUGCCCCCGGCAGCCUUGGAGCUAUGGACAGCCCCGGGCCCUUCAGCUGCCCCAUCUGCCUGGAGCCGCUCCGGGAGCCGGUGACCCUGCCCUGUGGCCACAACUUCUGCCUGGCCUGCCUCGGUGCGCUCUGGCCGCACCGCGGCGUGGGCGGCGCCGGCGGUCCGGGGAGCACUGCGCGCUGCCCUCUGUGCCAGGAGCCCUUCCCCGACGGCCUGCAGCUCCGGAAGAACCACACGCUGGCCGAGCUGCUGCAGCUCCGCCUGGGCUCGGGCCCGGGCAAGGGCCCGGCUCCGGGCCUGGCUCCUGAGCCAUCAGCGCCCAGCGCGCCGCCCAACGCCCCGGAGCCGUCUGCUCCCUGCGCCCCUGAGUCGUGGCCGGCAACCGAAGAGCUGGUGCGAUGCGAUGCGUGCCCUGAGGGCGCCGCCCUGCCAGCCGCGUUCUCCUGCCUCUCCUGUCUCGCCUCUUUCUGCCCGGCACACCUGGGCCCUCACGAGCGCAGCCCCGCGCUGCGCGGACACCGCCUGGUGCCGCCGCUGCGCCGGCUGGAGGAAAGCCUGUGCCCGCGCCAUCUGCGGCCGCUCGAGCGCUACUGCCGCGCGGAACGCGUGUGCCUGUGCGAGGCUUGCGCCGUCCAGGAGCACCGCGGCCACGAGCUGGUGCCGCUGGAGCAGGAGCGCGCGCUCCAGGAGGCCGAGCAGCCCAAAGUCCUGAGCGCCGUGGAGGACCGCAUGGAUGAGCUGGGUGCUGGCAUUGCCCAGUCUCGGCGCACCGUGGCCCUCAUCAAGAGUGCAGCCGUGGCGGAGCGGGAGAGGGUGAACCGACUGUUUGCGGAGGCUGAGGUAACCCUGCAGAGGUUCCAGGCCGAGGUGCUGGGCUUCAUUGAGGAGGGGGAGACUACCAUGCUGGGCCGCUCCCAGGGCGACCUGCGGCGGCAAGAGGAACAGCGCAGCCGCCUGAGCCGAGCCCGCCACAACCUCAGCCAGGUCCCUGAGGCCGACUCGGUUGGCUUCCUGCAGGAGCUCCUGGCACUACGGUUGGCCCUGGAGGAGGGGUGCGGCCCUGGGUCUGGCCCCCCAAGGGAGCUCAGCUUCACCAAGUCAUCUCAGGCGGUCCAGACAGUGAAAGAGCUGCUGGCUGCUGCCUGUGCCAGCCAGUGGGAGGAGCUGCAGGGGCUGGGCAGUGACGAGGACGGCCUGCAGAAGAUGGGGCCAGAAGCUGAGGCUGACUUCCAGGACCCUGACAGCACUGGCCGCCUAGAGAGUGAAGCUCCCCGAGAUUAUUUCCUCAAGUUUGCCUACAUCGUGGACUUGGACAGCGACACAGCAGAUAAAUUCCUGCAGCUGUUUGGAACCAAAGGCGUAAAGAGGGUGCUAUGUCCCAUCAACUACCCCGAGUCACCCACCCGCUUCACCCACUGCGAGCAGGUGCUGGGCGAGGGCGCCCUGGACCGGGGCACCUACUACUGGGAGGUGGAGAUCAUCGAGGGCUGGGUCAGCAUGGGGGUCAUGGCCGAAGACUUCUCCCCACAAGAGCCCUAUGACCGGGGCCGGCUGGGCCGCAACGCCCACUCCUGCUGUCUGCAGUGGAAUGGCCGCAGCUUCUCUGUCUGGUUCCAUGGGCUGGAGGCACCCCUGCCGCAGCCCUUCUCGCCCACCGUGGGCAUCUGUCUAGAAUAUGCCGACCGUGCCCUGGCCUUCUAUGCUGUACGGGACGGCAAGAUGAACCUUCUACGGAGGCUGAAGGCCUCCAGGCCACGCCGGAGUGGCGCCCCAGCCCUGCCCAUCGACCCCUUCCAGAGCCGCGUGGACAGCCACUUCAUGGGGCUCUUUACCCGCAGGCUGAAGCCGGCCUUCUUCCUGGAGAGUGUGGAUGCCCAUCUGCAGAUAGGGCCCCUCAAGAAGUCCUCCAUAUCUGUGCUGAAAAGGAGGUGAUGCUGGGAGCCAGGCAGAGGCCUCCUCUCCAGUGGUCUUAGCUCCAGAAGCUUCCUUCUCUGGACCCCGUCUCCCUCCAGGGAAGGCACCAGCCUUGGAGUCACCUCCCCCACAGCUUUAUCUCUAGAGGCCCCCCCUUGCAUCCACCUGGCCAUCCACCUCUCAGGGAGGAGGCUUCCCAGGGCCCUGUGCACCCCCAGUCCUUGUUUAGGGGAAAGAGCCACAGCUGGGACAAGUCGGGGCUAGUCCCACUCCUCUUCUGGGUUCCUAGAACAGGGCCUGGCACAUAGUAGGUGCUCAAUAAACAUUUGUUGAAUGACUGACUGACUCCCUUUUCCGUCCUCUCUGCCCACUGAGAAUUCCCAGGAUGUCUCUUCUUUCAAGAGCUGGCCUUGUGGGCAGGCUAGACUGGGAAACAGGGCCCCAUCCCAGGAUUCUUUUUGGGAAGGAGAGCCCUGGCCCAAGAGGAGGGGGCUGAAGCAGGGUGCCCGGCCUCUGGGCCAAGAGGUGCUCACCCCACUUCUGGUCCAGCAGAGGCAGCCUGAGGCAGCUUCUUCACACGGUCCAGCCCCAUGUUGUCCUGGCAGCCCAAGUGUUUGCUUUGGAUGACCUGAGUUCCCAUCAGCUAUUUUCAUCCUGGAUGCCACAGCCUGGUUCUGGACCCACCUUUUGGUGUUUGUACCCAGGAAUAAAUGUACACAUCACACCCUUAAGAGCCGGGCAGGACUCCUGGGAGGGGGCAAGUGAAUUGGAGACCUGGAACCUCCUGCUUAACACACACACACACGCACACACACACACUCACCCCUUCUCAGUUUGUGGAGAAACAUGCCUGAGACCACCCAGGGGGUGACCUACAAAAAAUGGACCCAUGUCCUCUGGAGUUGGCCUCAUGUCUCUGCUCUCAGCUGUGCAGUGGGAACAGCGGGCCUCAGCGCUGGGGGGACCCAAGCCCUGCACUCAGCAGAGCCUCUUCUAUCCUUCCAGGAAAUCCCAGUGGUCUCUGCUGCCCAGAGUCCGCAUCCUCUGGCCUGGAGUGCCCAGGGCCUACUUUCAGGCCCAGCCUUGCUCUCUGAGGCCACAGGGUGAAGGUGUAACCAGGCCAGAACCACCCCCCGCCACCAUCUCACCAGGUCCUCUGUGGCCCCGGUGGUCCCGCACCCCGGAGAGCAGGAGCAAACAGAGAGCCUCCCACACAGCGCAGGGUCAGGCAGGACAAUGGGUGAGCUGUGCAGCAGAAAGCAAGGCCA